AUGUACCGCGCUGCCUCCGCCGCUGGCGGAAGCGCAGCAAGGUCCUUCCUCCCAAAGCCACAGGCCGCUAGCUCACAAUUGAGCCAAUUCACAAGAGUGAUGGGUAGCCAGCUCUGGGCCUCGCAACGACGAUUCUUCACCGAGGAAGCCAGAGAGCCUGCAGUCGAAGAAAAGAAAACUAUGGUCAGAUCAGUGCGAAAUUCUUUUGGCCUUCCACCUUCCCGCCCUGAGCCCCAGCCAAAAGCCACAGUCUACGUUGGAAACAUUCUCUUCGACAUCACUGCUGCGGACUUGAAGGAAUAUGCUAGCAAGUACGGCAAGGUUUUGGGAACUCGAAUCAUAUAUGAUAGUCGUGGCCUUAGCAGAGGAUUCGGCUAUGUCAAAUUUGAGAGCGUUGAGGAGGCUAAAAAGGCCAUUGAUGAAAUGCACCUUAGCGAAUAUGAAGGUCGUAAACUAAGUGUCAACUUUGCCCAGGUUGACCUUAGGGAUGAACAACCCCAGAGAAAGAUGGAGCCAACCCGUACCAUCUUCGUCGGCAACAUUGCCCACCAAGUCACAGACCGCGACCUCCAUGCCCUUUUCGAUGACAUUCCCAACGUCUUCGACGUUCGUGUUGCUGUUGACCGCAGAACCGGUAUGCCAAGAGGCUUUGCUCACGCUGAAUUCACUGAUGUCGAGAGUGCGAUUGCUGGGUUUGAAAUGUUGAAGGGCCAAGCUCCAUAUGGCCGCCCGCUCCGAUUGGACUACAGCCACAGUGCCAGACGCCCAGGCGAAGUUGACAACUCUAAGGCCCCUGCCGCCAACUUAGAGGGCCAGGCAGAGGCCCAGCAGGAGACCAAUGCAUCCCCGUCCGAGGAGGCAGCUCCCAGAGCCGCUCUAUAA